UCCUACUUGUGUCCUUCCUUCAAGCCACCUUAAAAGCUUGGAAACCCCCACUUUCUCUUCUUCCUUGCCUCAUAUUUCUCUUCAAGUUUCUUCUUUCUUUGCAAAAAUCUUACUCUCUUAUUCCCUCAAAUCUUCCAUAUUUUUUGAAAUUACCAUCAAUCUAAAUCUACCAUUUCGUCCAACCCUUUCAAGGAUAAAAGAUAGUAAAAGCAAUUUUUCUUUAACUAGACUUAGCUCUAGUUUCUUCACUGACCCUUGAUUUCCCUUUGUCUGAGUUUCUCUUCUUUUGUUUUUUUAAGCUUUAAAUUCACACUUCUUGCUCUCCCUUUAAAGCAAGAACUAAACUUUUCCCAUAUGUUUGGCCUUGUUUUUCUUCAUGAAGUCUUAAAUUUUCUUGUCUUGUAACUUGUUUGGACAUAGUUGUUUGAUCAAAAUCCCCCCCUUUUUUUUACUCUUUACACUUCAUUUUAGCACAAAGUUUCAAUUUUUGUGGGGAACGAGAAAAAUGGAUCCUAUGGUUUCACAGUUUUUAGUUGUUCUAACAUUUAUCUCUCUUGUUCUUUUUCAAACCAUCCAAGCUUUGGGUUAUUUUGCAACAAUACCUAUGAAUUGUACGGAUACAUCAAGAUUAUGCACAUCUUUCUUGGCUUUUAAGCCACAGGAGAACCAAACUAUGGCGGUGAUCCAGAGCAUGUUCGAUGUGCUACCACAAGACAUAACAGCUGAAGGAGAGGGCACCCAUGGUUACAUAUUCAUCAAGAAGAACUGUUCUUGCUUGACAAGCCCCAGGAAUUAUGCAACAAACACAACCUUUACCGUGAGAUCAAAUCAAGGGUAUGUUUAUGACAUGGUUUUAGAGGCUUAUGAUGGCCUUGCAAUGGUUCCAAAUGUUAGCAGGCCAGCAAGGAUUGGAGCUGUGGUGUCUUUGAGGCUGUUUUGUGGGUGUUCAAGUGGGCUGUGGAACUACUUGAUGAGUUAUGUGAUGAAAGAUGAGGACAGUGUGCAAUCUUUAGCUAGUAGAUUUGGAGUUAGUAUGGAUAGUAUUGAGCAAGUUAAUGGGAUUCAAAAUCCAGAUAAUAUCACUGUCGGUGCUUUGUACUAUAUUCCAUUGAAUUCAGUUCCUGGUGAACCAUAUCAUGUGGAGAAUGACAUUCCCCCUGCACCUGUUCCUGCACCAUCAGCUGAUGCACUUUCAGAAGUUCAAGUAAGGCCUAAGGCUCAUGUGCCAUAUGGAUGGAUCAUUGGGGGUUUGGGUGUUGGCCUUGCCUUCAUCAUAUUAAGCAUAGUAGUUUGUGUUUCCUUGAGAUCCUUGAACUUUUUUGGUGAAACUCAAGGAGAUCAUGCAAAAGAUCGUGAUGUCAAGAGUUCUCACAAGUUUCACAUUCUUCGGAAGACAAGUUUCUGUUGUGGUUCAGGAAGAUACAUUGGCGGCAAGUCUGAGAAUAGGAACCAAACCAACAGUGAACCUAGUAACCACCAGAUUACUAUCCCGAAAGCUCUAGGAACUGAUGUACUUGAUGUUGAAAAGCCUGUGGUUUUCACUUAUGAAGAGAUUCUUUUUUCGACUGAUGGGUUCUCGGAUUCUAAUCUUCUUGGACAUGGAACCUAUGGUUCUGUGUAUUUCGGUUUUCUACAUGACCAGGAAGUUGCUAUCAAAAGAAUGACAGCCACAAAGACAAAGGAAUUUAUGGCCGAGAUGAAAGUCUUGUGCAAGGUUCAUCAUGCAAAUCUGGUAGAGUUGAUUGGCUAUGCUACAAGUGAUAAUGAGCUCUUCCUUGUUUAUGAAUAUGCUCAAAAGGGUUCCCUUAGAAACCAUUUACACGAUCCCCAGAACAAAGGUCCUACACCACUUUCGUGGAUAAUGAGGGUUCAGAUUGCACUCGAUGCUGCUAGAGGUCUGGAGUACAUCCAUGAGCAUACUAAAACUCAUUAUGUUCAUCGAGAUAUCAAGUCGAGCAACAUUCUGCUUGAUGGUUCUUUCAGGGCGAAGAUUUCAGAUUUUGGAUUGUCAAAGCUUGUUGGAAAAACAAAUGAUGAAGAAGCAACAGCAACAAAAGUUGUCGGUACAUUUGGUUAUUUGGCACCAGAAUAUUUGAGUGAUGGACUUGCAUCGUCGAAAAGCGACGUGUAUGCAUUUGGUGUUGUUCUGUUUGAGAUUAUAUCCGGAAAGGAGGCCAUCAUACGUACUGAAGGCACCACGACAAAAAACACUGAAAGACGUUCAUUGGCAUCUAUUGUGUUAACAGCUCUCCGGAGCACACCGGACUCAAUGAGCAUGUCGAACAUGAAGGACUAUAUCGAUCCGAAUAUGCUGGAUCUUUAUCCUCAUGAUUGUGUCUUCAAGAUGGCCAUGCUGGCAAAGCAAUGUGUGGACGAGGAUCCUAUUGUACGACCAGACAUGAAACAAGUCGUGAUUAACUUGUCACAGAUCCUUUUGUCGUCGGUCGAGUGGGAAGCAACGCUUGCCGGGAACAGUCAAGUAUUUAGUGGUUUGGUCCAAGGAAGAUAGCUAUAGACCAGAGGCAACCUUUAAUUUUUCAUACUGUGUGUUUAAUGAUAUUCCGGGGGAGAAAAAAACAGUAAUAUGUCUGCAUUCCUUUAUUUC